ACUGUGCGACAUUCAGAGAUUACAUGGCAGCCCUGGGUGUCCCUGGGUGAUGGUCUCCGACUUCAGUAUACCGGAGCAUCGGACAUCUCCCAGUAUGGGGUCCUGCUCGAAGGGCCGGUUGGCAGGGCAUGGUUCCUGGGGGAGCGCUUUCUGCGCCAGGUAUGGGGGUAUCUUUCUCAGGAUAUUCCCGCAGUACCCCCAGCCAGUAUGCGGACCGCUGACAGACUCUCUUACUCAGAGGUAGUCGGCGCCAUGCUGGGUACUGAUGCUUUACUAUACAUUGAGGAGGGGGACUACGCCACUUACCGUCACAUAUAUUUGAUGCCUCCAUUGACGGAAGCUCGUAUCCCGAUGAUGAGGCCUGCCGGUAUGUCAUCCUCGGGCCAGGCUCAGGCUCGGGCUGCAGACGCCCCUUCUACUAGCAGGGCCGGUACAUCUAGAGAUGGGAGUAGACCGGUUCCUCCGGCUCCGUCGGUUCAUCCUCAUGUCGGAUGGCCAGAUAUGCCUACUGAGUUGAUGGCGUGGCAGUAUGGGGCUAUCUCUCCGACUCCGAUCCCGCUAGAGCCUCCGAUGCCCAGUGAUCGAUAUGCCAUUGAUUCGGACUCACCGCCGCCAUCGCGAGGGUACAUAGAGGAGGUGGUUGGACUGGUGGCCACACUCGAGGGCAUGGUCCUGCGUAGGGAGGCACAGUUGUCUGUCGCGGGCAUUCAGGUACCCUUCAGUUUUCUGGCAUUUAUCAUACUUCUGAUGACAUGCUGAUUUCUACUGCAUCGAUAGACUAUUUGUGUAGAGCACAUCUGACACACACCCCACUUGUAUACUGUAUUUAUAUGCACCCACUUUAUGUAGCCU